UCCCCGGCCGAUGAGUCAUUUGCUGUGGAAAUACUUCUGGGAAAACGAUGUCGACAAGUUUCGGCGUCUGCUGGCCCCGGCCGGCCCCAAUUCCCAGACGACGGCGGUGAGGAGUCCAGCCGUGGGCGCUGCAUCGCAUCUUGGAGCGAGCCCCGGUAGUGUCGGGACAUCGCCGAGAGCCACCACCAAGUCGCGCAAGCCGUCGGGCUAUGCCCCCGGUCUUGGGAAAGCAAGAGACGGAAGCUCUGGUCUGGGCAAAGCGGAAGUCAACAGCAGGGACCAUGCCGGACUGACGCUGCUGUUGCGCGCAUCCUCCUCGACCGAUCCGAACGCUUUGGCCUUUGUCCAGGCUCUGCUUGAUCACCCGCAAAUCGACUUAUACGCCCAGGAUCCCGAGAGUGGCUGGAACGCCCUCCACAGGUCGCUAUAUGCCGGAAAUGCAUCUAUAGCCAGAGCAUUGCUGGCCAAGGAGCGUGACGAUUUGGUCAACCACGCCCUUGGGGCCGUGAACAAGGUCGGCCAGCUGAUCAAGACCAAGGAUCACGAGGGCAACAGCCCGUUUGACCUGUAUAACUCGACCAUCGCUGCGAGAUCAUUGCGCCACACGCUGGUCCAAUCUCUGAUGGAUGACGAUUCGGACUAUGGUGACGGCGACUUUGAGCAAAUCUCGACAAAACUCUCCAAUGCUAACAAGCAUUAUGCCGAGGGAGAUGAAUUAUUCAUGUUUGGCAGCAACAAGAACCUGUCCCUUGGAGUUGGAGACGAAGACGACCGGCAAUAUCCCGAGCGGAUCAUGCUUCAACGAUCAGACCAGCUGAUACGCCGAUUCUACGAAGAUUAUCUGACCCAGAAACAUGACGAUGCGCCACUCAGCGUCGCGGCAGAUCUGGAAACGAUCCCUACACUGGUUCAAAACCGACCCCUGGUCAUCCAGGACGUGGCCAUGUCCAAGCUGCAUAGCGCUAUUCUUACCGACGACCCGAUAUCCAACCUUUAUGUCUGUGGAGUUGGCCGCGGCGGAAGGCUAGGCCUCGGUGAUGAAAACACACAGUUCAGAUUCACGCCUCUCCUUGGUCCUUUUGCGGACAAAAAGGUCAGCCAGGUGGCAUUGGGACAAAAUCACUCAAUGGCCGUUGUAGGAAAUGGUGAGCUGUGGACAUGGGGCCUCAAUUCUGAUUCGCAACUCGGCUACGUGCUGCCUCCUCCUCUGAGGACGGAUGAGGACCCAAUGAGCCUCGUCCCGCGCCAAGUUUUUGGGCCCCUCAAGAAGGAGAUUGUCCUCGGUGUUGCUGCAUCGUCCAUCCACUCGGUGGCGCACACCGGCUCGUCCCUGUAUUGCUGGGGUCGCAAUGCAGGCCAGCUUGCCCUGAUGGAUUCUGACUCUAGAUCGCUUGAUCUGCAGCAGACGCCUCGAAAGGUUGCUGCAUCUCUACUAUCGGCGCCGAUCGAGAUGGUUUCGGCGAUUGACAGAGCCACUACCUGCUUAUUAUCGAACCACCAAGUCUGGGUCUUCACAAACUAUGGCUACAAUCUGAUCCGAUUCCCCUUUCCCGAUGCCGCUCUCCACCGGAGGCUCAACGCAAGCCUCUAUUCAGCCAUGUCUGAGAUGUCGAGGAGGGACAUUCGGUACAUCACGUCUGGUGGCGACACCAUCGCGGCAGUUACAGCUCGUGGUGAUUUGUUCACCAUGCAAGUGAGCAACAAGGGUGAUAUCGGGGCCCCUUCUGGCUCCACGACCAACCCUGUUAAGAUCAAGAGUGCCGUGACGCAGCCGCAGUGCAUAUGGGAUUCAGGGAAAGAUGGCGUCCUUUCAGUCGGCGUCGGAGAGCAUGGAUCUGUCAUCAUUUGCACAGAAUCCGGCGCUGUCUGGAGACGAAUCAAGCGCCUCAAGGGCAAGUUUGAAUCCUCUGUCGAUGCGAGGAGGAAAGACUUCAAGUUCCAGCGUGUUCCUUACAUCACGGACUGUGUGGCCGUACGCAGCUCUACAUUUGGUGCCUUCGCCGCCAUUCGGAAGGAUUGCAAAGUCAUGGCCCAGGAGAUCCCCAUAGGCCAACAGGGCCUCUGGAAUGACGUCGGCGCGCUUCUUUGCUUGAAAGAUUUCCAGGCACCCGGAACCGACCAUGAGAGGGAUCCGUCACGAAAAGCCUGGAACGCUUCUAUCGUGAGAGAGGGUCCCGGUACUGUGGCGCACCAAAUCAUGAGCUCCUCUGAUAUCGAAACGGACUUGCUCCGCUGGCUCCAAGCCAACUCGUUCUUGUACGACACUGACCUUGAAAUUCGCACUUCUGCGGCGCCAGAUAUCAGGAUACCGGUGCAUGGAUGGCUUCUCUCCGCAAGAAGUUCCGUCCUUCGCGCGGCUUUGUCCGACUUCCGGCUAGAUGGCUCCCAAGCCCAACCGGAGACGUUUGUUCUUGAAAGACUCGACGACAGGAUGGUACUGACCCUGCUCCACGUUGAUAUCUUCACGAUGCUGAACGUUGUGGUAUAUGCCUACCGGGACAACAUCAUCCCUGUGUGGAAGUACACCCGUGAAGCUCCGGUUAUGGCCCAUCGCUUCCGUCAAGUUCGGACAGACCUCAUGAAGGUGGCUACAAAGCUCAAUAUGCCAAAGUUGGAGGCAGCUGCUCGGCUACAGGCAGGCCUGGAACGGACGCUCGAUGUUGAUUUUCAGGAAGCAGUCAAUGAUCCCGUGUUCUUCGACGAUGGCGACGUCAUACUCGAGUUGGACGGGGAUGAGGUGACGGUCCACAGCCAGUUUCUCUGCCAACGCUGUCCCUUUUUCGAUGGCAUGUUCAACGGCAGGUCCCAAGGUCAGUGGCUGACUGACCGUCGUCACGGAACACAGCACGCAGAACCGGUUCGAAUUGAUCUCAAGCAUAUUCAUCCGGAAACCUUUUCUUAUGUGCUCAAGUACCUGUAUGGAGACGUCGGCGAGGAAAUAUUUGACGAUGUGUCGGCUGCGUCUCUCGAUGAAUUCUCGGAACUCGUCUUGGAUGUGCUCAGCGUCGCCAACGAGCUCAUGAUUGACAGACUGUCGCAAAUAUGCCAGUCCUUGAUUGGCAAGUUUGUGACGACCCGCAACAUUUCCAAUCUCCUGAAUGAGAUCAGUGCAUGUUCGGUCGCGGAGUUCAAGGAUACUGGGCUAGAGUACAUGUGCCUCCAGCUCGAAUCGAUGCUCGAAAAUCACUUUCUGGAUAGCCUCGACGAGGAGCUACUGUACGAACUGGAUGACAAGAUUCGAGACAACCAGCUGGCGUGCUUCCCAUUUGCAAAAAGCGGCAGGGCGGAGCUGCUGCUUCACGAGAAGUAUCCUGACCUGGCGACGGAUAUUGAAGAAGAGCGGCGACGCCGUGUUAAGCAGAUGGCGUUUAAACAUGCACAGAGGGAAGAGGAGAAGAGGUUGACUUCUGCGUACAAAGCGCGCUUUGGAAGCUUGGAUGACCCUACACGAGGGCCAGAGACUCCGGAGAAGAACACCAGGCAAUCCAGACUGGGCCGAAACGAGCCGUUUAGCCCGACGUUACGGCCCAAGGAUUCCGUUGCCGACAUGAUCUUUGACAUGGAGGAUGAAGGGCCCUCGGGAGGAAGCAGUGUCGCAUCUCCUCAGCUGUCACCACCGUUGACCCGUGCCCGUAGCGAUGAUCUGGCAAUGUCGAAGGUCCCGGCGGAUUGGAAGCGGUCCAAAGGCAAGGGAAAAGCAGAGCUACCGCAGCCAUCUGUUCUAAGCGCCUCUCCUCGGCAGCAGCCCACCAUGGACUCUGUGGCCCCCAAGAAUGAGGCCGAAUCUCCCUACUCGGCAGCCAACGCUCCGUGGGCCUCUGCACCGCUGUCCACCGCUAAGCUAGAUCUGAAGGACAUCAUGUCCGAGGCUUCUGGGAAGUCGGCGUUGACCGCCGCUCUAUCAGCAGCCCAGAUGACCAAGGAGUCGGUUGGCAAGCCGCUCUCUAAGAUGUCACAGAAGGAACGGAAGAAGCAGAUGCAGAUGCAGCUAGAAUCCCAAGCCGCAGCGCAGGAGGAGCAGGCCAAAACGAUUGCAUGGGAAACAGCAUCGUCUAACAAGAAGCAGCCGCCGUGGAAAGCUGCAGCCCCCGUUCCCAAGACGUCAUUGCAGCAAGCCAUGGCCUCCGACGUUGCGCAGCGGAACGUGAUUCCUACCAAUGCCAAACCAUUGGUGGCGUCCGAAUCCAAUGCUCAGUCCGCACAAAGACGAACAGCGUCUCCAGACACUCGUUUCCCAGGCCAGGGGCGUCCUGGGAACUCCCCAGCCACGCCGCAAGCAGGCUCGGGAGGAGGAAUGGGAAAGCAAGCGCCAAGCAAACCUCUGAUACCGCACUCGAAGUCGUACAUUAAACCGGCGCAGAAGACAGAACCGACGUUGGGGUUGAGCAUGGCAGAUAUCAUCGGACAGCAGCAGAGGGAGCAGCAACUGGUCAAGGAGGCGGUGGCCAAGCGAUCACUUCAGGAGAUUCAACAAGAGCAAGCUUUCCAAGAGUGGUGGGACCAAGAGAGCCGCCGUGCACAGGAAGAAGAGGCCAGGCGGCAAAACAGGGCAAAGGGCAAGGAAGAGCAGCAGGGAGGAGGAGGAGGAGGCGGAGGAGCAGGAGGAGGGAAACGUGGCCGUCGGGGAAGGGGCGGAAAGGCCCGGGGCCCCGAGGCGUCAAGCAAUCAGCAGCAGUCGGGCGUUGCUGAAGGCACGAGUUCAAAGGAAGCAGCGAAGACUGGCGGCAAUGCGUCCCGGGGUGGGAGAGGCAGAGGGAAGGCCAACAGAGGUGGGACAUAG